AUGAGUGAUACCGCUGGGAAGACUAUCAAAUGCAAAGCAGCUGUUGCUUGGGCCGCAGGAAAGCCUCUUGAAAUCGAGGAAAUUGAAGUCGCACCUCCUAAGGCCCAUGAGGUUCGAAUCAAGGUACUUUACACCGGAGUUUGCCAUACUGAUGCCUAUACUCUCUCCGGCACUGAUCCCGAAGGAGCUUUCCCUGUUGUUCUAGGACAUGAGGGUGGCGGAAUUGUCGAGAGUGUUGGUGAAGGCGUCACCAAUGUAAAAGUUGGUGAUCAUGUUGUUCCGCUUUAUACCGCUGAGUGCCGAAAGUGUAAGAUGUGUCUCAGCAAUAAGACGAACCUCUGCAGUUCCGUCCGUGAGACCCAGGGCAGAGGGGUCAUGCCUGAUGGAACUUCUCGUUUCAGCAAAGAUGGCAAGGAACUAUUGCAUUACAUGGGUUGCUCUACUUUCUCGCAGUACACAGUGGUUGCUGAUGUUAGCGUAGUCGCUGUUGACGAAAAGGCACCUCUUGAUUCAGUAUGUCUGCUCGGGUGUGGCGUAACCACUGGAUAUGGUGCUGCUACGAUUACAGCUAACAUCCAGGAAGGCGACACUGUCGCCGUCUUUGGCGCUGGCUGUGUUGGUUUGUCUAUUGUGCAGGGCGCCAAAGCCCGUAAAGCUUCUCGUAUCAUUGUCAUUGACGUCGACUCCGGGAAAGAGAACUGGGCUCAUGAGUUUGGUGCCACAGAGUUUAUCAAUUCGAAGGACAUUACUGACAAGACCAUCCAGCAACACCUCGUUGAUAUUACUGACGGGGGCCUGGAUUUCACAUUCGACUGCACUGGCAAUACCGAUGUUAUGAGGUCCGCCCUGGAGGCAUGCCACAAAGGAUGGGGCCAGUCUGUAAUCAUCGGUGUGGCUGCUGCGGGCAAGGAGAUCUCCACCCGACCUUUCCAGCUUGUUACGGGCCGUGUUUGGCGUGGAUCGGCUUUCGGCGGUGUCAAGGGCCGCACUCAGAUCCCUGAGUUCGUGGAAAACUACAUGAACGGCGAACUGAAGGUCGACGAGUACAUCACACACCGUCAUGACUUGAAAAACAUUAACCAGGCUUUCGACGAUAUGCAUAGUGGUAAAUGUCUCCGUGCUGUGAUUAACAUGUUUAGCUGA